UUUCGGCAAAAGGGCUGAGUGGGUGAAAUGGCGCAGCAAGUGCAUCAAGUUUUCAAGGCCGCCCUAACCAAAACGGCUGGCCAGAGGGCGAUGUCGACCGGUGUCAUCGGUACGUUGGAUGCGUCUACCGGCACAAAGAAAUGCGCCGCAACACAAUCGUCCGGACUGCACAUGUCCGUUCAGCGCAGCUAUCCCCUGGCGGCCACGCUUCCGCUGCCACCAAACAUUGACGCAUCGGAAACGAGACGCUUUUCGCCGUUACGAUCGCGUGACAUUAAUGCUUCGGCCCUGCUGACGCACCAAUCGCUUGCACCGAUCGAUCUUGCCGCAAAUGGCGUGUCCGACGCCGGGAUGAUUGAUGUGACGGUGGACAUGAGUGCUGCGGGCGCGAUGGAUCCGCACGUUCAAUCGUACGAUUGCACCGGAGCGGUCAGUCUAAAUUCGAGCAUGCAGAGCAAUGUACCGAGUCCGUUCGGUGGUAUGCACAAGUUUACGCAUCUGAACAUGCCGGGUGGUGCGUGGGCCCAGGAAAGCAAAUUUCUGUCGCACGAACUCAACUCCUCGCACUACACCAACCUGCGCCAGGAGGUACGCUCCGACUGGAGCAGCUACGAGGACCGACCGAUCAAGCCGGAAGGUAGGCAAAUGGUGGGUCUGUCACGUACAGGCUCUUGGCCACAGCAGAGUUUUUUGACGCUAUCAGGUAGUUCGUUAGGUCGUCGUGCCUUCUCACUAAGCUCAACGCACUUAUUGGCAUUUAGAACCUCGGCGCUUUAUAAUAAAUCCUCGCAAGCUAACACUGGUACUGCUGCCGAGGAAUCAAAUUCUAAAGGUAAUUCCGUGUCGGGUGCGGAACAAGUCCCCGUCUCGCGCAAAGAUCGGCUAAAGAAAGCUAUCAAGGAAUACGGCUCUACCGUGCUCGUGUUCCAUGUCAGCAUAAGUCUUGCUUCUUUGGGUACCUGCUACCUGCUGGUAUCGAGCGGAAUAGAUAUGGUCUCGCUGCUGGAACGUAUGGGCUGGGGCGAUUCUGCGCUCGCCAGCAAGGCUGGUGCCGGUGCCGGCACAUUCGUCAUCGCUUACGCCAUCCAUAAGGUGUUUGCUCCGGUUAGAAUUAGUAUCACCCUCGGUGCAACGCCCCUCAUCGUACGGUAUCUACGCCGGAAGGGCAUCCUGAAGCCGCCGGCGCCAUCCGUACCGUCACCCUCUGGUUCAUCAGCGCCGACGGAGAAAUCCUAG